AUGGCUUCCGUAAAAGAUACAGCAACUUUCUUCGCUAAAGGAACAUCAAAUCAAUUCGAAUAUGUUUUGAAGUUAUAUCCUGAAGCUCUUAAGUUGAAAGCAGAUCGAAAAACAAAAAAGCCGGAAGAACUGAUUAAAUUGGAUAAUUGGUAUCAGAAUGAACUUCCAAAGAAAAUAAAGUCUCGAGGGAAAGAUGCCCACCUGAUUCAUGAAGAACUAGUACAAACUAUGAAAUGGAAGCAAACUCGGGGAAAAUUCUAUCCGCAAUUGUCAUACCUGGUGAAGGUAAACACACCCCGUGCUGUGAUGAUGGAAACCAAGAAAGCAUUUCGUAAAUUGCCAAAUCUGGAACAAGCCAUUACUGCCCUCAGUAACCUGAAGGGAGUCGGAACAACAAUGGCGUCAGCCCUGCUGGCAGCAGCUGCUCCAGAUCAAGCCCCGUUCAUGGCAGAUGAGUGCCUUAUGGCUAUUCCUGAGAUUGAAGGCAUUGACUACACCACAAAGGAGUACCUCAAAUUUGUUCAGCAUAUUCAGACCACAGUAGAGAGGCUUAACAAAGAGACUAAUAACGGGACGUGGAGCCCACAUCGGGUUGAACUGGCAUUAUGGACCCAUUAUGUUGCCUCAGAAAUGAAGCCGGAAUUAUUGAAUAGUAUCCCAAACCCAACAGAAAAUGGGACUUCCCACCAUGAUCAAAAGAAUGGAGAUUCCACCCCAAAACCACAAGAACCUGACCAGAGCUCAGAUGAGAGUACCCAAGAUUCAACCAACGGAAAGCAUCCUGCAGCAGUUCCGACAGAUGCACUGGAUGAUACGACUACAUCAUUCACAGAGGAUUCAUUGGACAAACCCUUAACACCGACAGCAGUCCCCCCUGGUGAUGAGAACACCAAUGACUCCAUUGCCACUUCUGACUCUGCAACCAACGAUUCAACGGCGAUCGCUACAGCAAUUAUUGCGUGUAACAACAAGAGAGACGAAGAAGCUACCACUAAGGCAGAGACAGAAGAGGAAACAACAAGCAGCCUUGAAGAGCCACCAACAAAGAAAACAAAAGUGGAUGACGAAAAGUGACCGAAGUACCAUUUUUUUUAUUAAAAUAUUUUGAACUCACGAACAAGACAAUGUUUUCACCCAUGCAAGCAAUUUAGUUUUUUUUACAAGUAUUGUUGUACAUUACAUACCAGGAUAGGGAACUGUCAUGUACAGUUUUUUUUUGUAACUGCAUGCAGAGGGGAGAAAUGACAAUCAUAUUGAUUCAGUGGAGAUGGGAAGUUUUUUUUUUGUGGCGUUUGGUGGUAUGUACCGUCUCUGUAUUAUGGUGGUGACUUUUGAACACCACUUACUGCCUACUGUCUUGUGAUUGUGUGAGCUCUCCUGUCUGUAAGCAGUCUCAGCCCGUUAUUUUGCCCCGAGGUACCAAUUCAGUAAGUAAAGAGAUGCUGUACUCAAAUUGCGGGACUGAAACGUGAAAUAUAUUAUUCAUGUCUUAUGUGUUGGUAUUUAAUUUAAAAACACAGUACUUUUCAUUUUUUUUUGCACUGUAAUGUGGAUUUACAGUUAUUUUAAUACAGUCAAGAAAAGCUGUUUAUAACAGUGGAUUGGUAGCACGCCACUGUGAUGGUGGCAUCGACAUAUAUAGAUCAGAACUUGCUGAAGCAGGUUACUGAGUGAGAAGGCUCUUCUUUUCCUGAAUUGUGGAUGGUGUGUUCAUUCACAGAUCACAAGUGCUAAUAAAGAUCGGAGUUCCAUUCUCUGGAUAUGACGUGAACAAUUAAUAAGUUUUUCCUUCUUAUUAUUUUUCUAUCAUGAAAAAAUUCAAAUUAAAUUUAAGCAAUGUUGAAAAAUAAAGUUUCUAGUGCAUAAAUGUUUGGACAUAUGUCUGUACGUACAGAAAUUUUCUUUUUUCAGUUUAUAUUUUGCUUAUACUCAACAUUCCAAGAUAUGUUGUAGAGAAAAGAUGUUUCUUUGAUUUAGUUGUUAGACAUAAAAGAAUGAACCAUUGGAUGCAAAAGUGAGCUACAUUUAUAACUGCAAUUUUGUUAAUUCUAAGAGAUCAUAAAUAAGACAUACAAGUUUGUGAUGAUGGUAUAUUAAUACAAUUAUUGUGUUACUGGACAUUAUCCAUCAUCCUGUUUUAUUUAUUAAAAAUGUUUAGGAGACUGGACAGUGUUUCCUUCCUUAUGUAAAAGCCUGCACAGUUAGGCCCAGUCAAUACAGCUAGUCCCUAUCUGCGGACACCAAAACCAACACGACAGGAUAUGUAUGUCUUGUGUUUGUUCUGAAUUGUGAUGAUGAUGAUGUAGUGCCAUUAUGCUUUCUGGUUUCUGGAGCUUGUCUGUCGUUUACUGAACAGGGCGCUACAUUUUGGAAAAAAAGUUGUUUGCAUCCUAAGAGAAAAUGAGGGGAGACCUCAAUUAAAUUGGGUCCACAAGAAGCUGUGGAUCCAACUGACUGAGCGGCUCCCCAAUUGUUUGCUUGAGGACUGAAGAAGAUUAGGUUUCUGAAACUUUGCAUUCUGUUUGAAAUACCAGACUUGGCUAAGGAGUUACUAAUCACAUUCUAGUGGCAUCGUUUUUUUUUACCUCAACUCAUUUUAUAUAAGAACAUGAAGCUGAUGUUACACAUUCCAAAGCAUCAUUUGCAGGCUUCUUGAAAGACUCGAGUACCUUAUAUUGAAAUUAUGCAUGUAUCUGUUGGCUUUCCAUGCAAGUACUUCUGAGUUUUAACAGUUUUGUAAGAUAAGGUGCAAUGCAUUGCUACUACUAUGUGGGGCAUUGUACAUUUGUAGCAAUAACUUCCUCACAUUGAACUUUGUUACUGAAAAUUCUUCAAUUUAUGCUUUAUUUCAGUGCAUUUUGUGUAGCUCAGAUAAUGAUUUAGACUGCAAGGUGAACAUGGCAGCCUUGUUCGAUGGUUAUAAAUGUAAUCAGUUUUGCAUUCAGAAGGUUGUUGCGCAGAUGAUGUAAAGUCUCGAUGUGUUCCAGUAGUUAUCGUGUACCCACCAGUACCAAGUUGCAUGUCCAGUGAUUUAAUUUAACUAUUUAAUAUGAACUACUGAAAUAUGAAUUUUAUCUGUCCUUAGUUACAAGGAAUCAGUGAGGUAAUUAUGUUCUUGUUAAUAAUCGAUGAUCAUUUGUAACAAAUGUUGCACAUUUAAUUCAAAUUCCCUAAACCCCUACCCAAUUUUUAAUGGUUUUGUGAGUAUUUUUAUUGAAAUUGAUUGGUUAAAUUUUGGUCUCAGUAAGAUUGGUAACAUUAUGGGUUUGCUGUUUUCAAGACUUGUAUGAUAACAGUAAAUUUGAAGACAAAAUUAAUGAGGGAUGUAAUUCUGUACAGCUAUUAUUAUUUCAUUAGUUUGUUUGUUUUUUUUAUGUGUGUGUGUGUGUGUGUGUGUAUACAGACAUUUCACAGGAGUUUGUGAAAGGAAGUUGAAAGAACUUUUUUUUGGUAACUCUUCACAAGUGUUAAAUAUGCUUGAUGAAUGAUUAAACCAAACUGAUUCUAGAGGAGGGAGUAUCCUAAGUGAUUGGUGUCAUCAGUGGUUUUACUGGCAAUUAAAUGCCUUAUUUAUUACACUGUAUAUCUGCUCUUUUUUUUCUCUUCCAGUUUUGAUGAGGAAUGUAAUUAAUUGUUAAUGACAGAGAUUACAGUUUUCCUGAACAUUGGCUUUACUAAUACUGGUAUAAAACCGAGACAAGUUUGUGUGUAUGUUAUCGUGCAGCAUUGUUUCAUAAUGUUUUCAGUAUAUUGGUAAAGCAGAAAACACUAAAGAAAAGUGCACUUGGAGAAAAAAAUGUCAUGGGACAAAUCAUUUCUUCCUGUCUUUUUUGUUUUUUGUUUUAAAUUAUGUAUUUUUCCCUCCCCCUCUUUUGUGGGGCCUGUUAAAUAGUUGCGUCAUGCUUGAAUGGGUGGGUCUUUCUUGACUUGGAUGUGUAAGUAGGGAAACUGUUGUAUAAAUACAAUUCAGAUCUACUAAAAGCAUGACAUUGUGUCAUUAGGAAUAAAGCAUCAGCUAUGCAAUCUUUCCAGAAAUGCCACUAAAAUACCGAUUGAUUGCCUUUUUUGUAGACAUGUAUUACAACACGUGCAUACCUCUGAAAAGUGAGAAAAAGAACUAACAAAACAAAGUACAUAUAAUUUAAAUAAGCUGUAAAGAAGUAUUUAAUUGUCAUCGCCUGACUUUCAUGAUGAAAACCAAAACAAACGUAAGAACAGUACUAUGUGCUAUUUUUUAUAUUUUAUGACUUUGUAGGUACAACAUUAAAAUAUCUUGUUCAAUAAAUUAUGAUAAACAUAGUUAUUAAUUGUAGUUAGUGGAAUGAUCAGACUAUGAUCAUGUAUUCACUCAAUGGCCUUAAGACUUGUCACAGAUUUUAAUGUUUCACCGUUCACUUGCUGUUAUUUUGUUUAGUAACUUGUCAUUUAGAAUGAACUACGGAAUGUAGUGGGAGUGGGGAGAAUUAGGGCGUCCCACUGAAAACACACUGAAAUGGUGAUGAGAAUAUUAAUGCAAUUGUUAUUAUGUAUAUGUUGUAGUACCUUCAAAUUGAACAUUGGUGAUUGCAUGAACCUUGCUUAUUGUAUCCUCUUUUAUACUAAAUAGCAACUUGUUAAAAUAUUUCCUUGACGUAUUUGAUAGUUUUCAAGAAUGGGUCAUGAUGCAACAAGCAUCAUCAAAUUUACAGGUGCCCUGCAAUUUCCGGAGGCAACCUUGGACCUUAUGUUUGUUGAUAAUUUUUGGGCAAUGUCAAGAAAAAUUCAUUUGCACUAUUUAAAUACCAAUAGAGAAUCAUAAGUUUUACAUCACAUUAUAAUCAGUUUAUGAGAAUGGAGUUUGUGGUGAUCAUAUUUUUAAGAGUCUGAAGAAAUAAUUCUUUUGUUCUCAAGAGGAUAAAGUUUUAAAGGGCAGUGAAUGGUCGCAGAUUCUGUGUAUAAAAUCUUAUAGAUACUGACAACUGUUUCCAUUGCCUUAGCUGCAGGAAGCAAUCUUGCUUUGAUGAACAGAUUGGAUUAUUUAAUUCUUUGUUGUCUAACAUGAUACUGUGAGUGGUUUAGAAUGUGAAGAACCGUUCUGUUUGGAAACAAAUAGAUACACCUUUCCCAUC